AUGACCGAUGAAAGACGUUUAUCUGAUCAUCGAAAUGUUGUUAGUGGAUUAUAUACAUUAGAUCGAACAAUUGGUAGAGGACAUUUUGCCGUUGUUAAAUUAGCACGACAUGUAUUUACACAAAAAGAAGUGGCCGUAAAAGUAAUUGAUAAAACAAAAUUAGAUGAAUUAUCAAAAGCACAUUUAUUUCAAGAAGUUGUGUGUAUGAAACUUGUUCAACAUCCAAAUGUUGUUAGAUUAUAUGAAGUAAUUGAUACACCAAAUAAAUUAUAUUUAAUAUUAGAACUUGGUGAUGGUGGUGAUAUGUAUGAUUAUAUUAUGAAAUAUGCAAAUGGUUUAAAUGAAAAUAUGGCUAGACGAUAUUUUCGUCAAAUAUGUCGUGCAUUAAAUCACUGUCAUAAAAUGCAUAUUUGUCAUCGCGAUUUAAAACCAGAAAAUCUUGUAUUUUUUGAAAAACAAGGCAUUGUUAAAUUAACAGAUUUUGGUAAUGAAAUAGAUCGAAAGAUUUUAAUAAAUUGUAUACAAAUAUUAUUUGCUAAUAUAGGUUUUUCAAAUCAAUUUUUACCGGGAAAAGAAUUAUUUACUAGUUGUGGAUCACUUGCAUAUUCAGCACCUGAAAUUUUGCUUGGUGAUCCAUAUAAUGCUGAAGCUGUUGAUAUUUGGUCACUUGGCGUCAUAUUGUUUAUGUUCGUGAGCGGACAUGCUCCAUUUCAAGAAGCGAAUGACAGUGAAACAGUACAGGCAAUAUUGGAUUGCUGUUAUAUAGUACCACAAUAUAUAUCAACAGAAUGCCAGAAUUUAAUCCGUCGAAUAAUUGUGAAAGAACCCGAACAGCGUGCAACGUUAGAAGACAUAAUGAAUGAUGUGUGGUAUAAAAAUCAGAUGAUAGUUGAGGAUGAUCUAAGCGACGAUGAUGAUUAUAUCAGUUCUUUAUCAUUAAUUUCUCAUAAAACAAUAUCAAAUGAUUAUAAUGAAAAAAUUUUACAAGAAAUGGUCAAUGGAAAUAUUUCUGAACGAGAAGAAAUUUUAAAUUCACUAAAUGAAAAUCAGUACAAUCAUAUUACAGCAACGUACUAUCUUCUAGCCGAGAAAUUAUUGUAUAAUCAAUUGUACAAUGAUAAUGAUAAGGAAAAUAUUCAAAAGAAACGUCGCAAACAUUUACUACCAACAAAUCAACCGUUCACAGAACAAAUUAGUAUUUUUCUAACACCGACAUCAACGAAUGAUGAUUCUAAAGUUAGCAAGGAGUUUAAUGAUGGAGAUGAUGAUAUGAGUGAUAUUGAAGAGUGGAACUUAAUAGAAAGAGAAAAUGUUCUAACAUUGCCCCAGUCAAGUGAAAUUACAAUUCCUAGACUUACUCCACCUGAAUCUCAAUUGGCAUUAAUGCAAGAUGAUGAAGACCGUCUGAAUGCAACAGCAUCAGCAUCACAAUCACGUUUAUCAUCAGUACGUGAUCCUUCUACACAAGCAAUGAAUAUCAUACCUGAAGAAGAUGAGUAUAGUGAGUCACCAACUGAUAAAGCAUCUCCAGAAACCAAUUUACCACUUCUCAAUAUUUCGAAACUUAACAAAAUUAUUGAAAGUGAAGAAGAAUCCGAUGAUUUUGAUAGACAGGCACCGAAAAUCGUUUACUCAGCAACAAACAAAACAAAUGAAACAUUAAACUAUGAUUCGACAUUUGAAUUACCUUCAACAGAUUUAUCUUCGAUUAUCGGAAAAAGUUUAAAUUCUUCUCGUAGCCACUCUAGUGUAGAUUCCGAAGAUGACAGCAAUGACAACUUGAAAAAUAAACAAUCUCAUCAGUCUCCUACCAUGAGGCCUAAUUCAUUGCAGGAUAAUGAUUCUCGUGUAAAUCAUUCUCAAUAUCGUGGACGUUCAUGGAGCAAUGUUGAACAUGUACUAAAUUUACAUUUACUAGCAACAUCAUUGACAGGUAGUAGUCAAUUUGGAGAUAUGCGUCGUAGUUCUCUGGCAUCAAACAAUCGUCUAACAAUAAAUGGUGGAAUUCUCGGUGGAUCAAAUAAUGAUAAUAACACAAAUAUUUCAUCAACAUCAAUAUUAACCAAUCGUACGCGAAGUCUAAGUAUGGAACAUCGUCUAGCUAAUCAGUCUCAAAUGUCUAUAGCAUCCCGAACGUCCACUCGAUUUUCUACACCACGAGAAUCUAUUGUGUUUACUAAAAUGGACACUCCUCCAGUAAUUCGAUUGUUGCAGGCACAAUCACACGAUAAUGAGUCGCUGCGUUCACUAAUUGAACAUCGUCGACAAUCUACCCAGUCGCAUCAAGAACAUACGCCAAUUAUUGAAAAAGACGCAAUACUAAGGACUAAUGUAAAUAAUACAAUCCCAGCAACGACAGCUAAUACUGUUUUACCAACUAUAACAGCAUCUGCCACAAAAACGAACGUAAUUCACAAUCGAAGCGGAAAUACUACUUUAUUUCCAACAAAAUCGAAUGUUAUUGUGCCAGCAAUAACAAACGUGAAUGGAAAUAGCAAUAAUAGUCAAGAUUAUUCAUCGUCAUCUUCGUCUCCUCAGCAAAAGCGCUCUGUUCUUUAUGCUCUAGGACAGUCAUUAAUCAAUUACAAACAUCAUACUCAUCAAAAAUCGGACAUUGAUGGCGAUAAAAUCAAACAUGAACAUUCAGCCGAUCAUAUCAAAAACACAAAUAGUAUUAACGAAAAAAGAGCAGCACUAAUGAACGAUGAUAGUUCAGAUAAAAGACAUAUUUGUUGUACAGUUUUAUAA